CACAAAGAGACGCGGAAAUAUAACAAACGUUCGCUGUGAAUGGUCUAAAAUGAAGAAGCACGCAUUACUAAAGCAAGGAAUUUUGGCUCGAAAAUAACUCUUAAAAAUGACGCCACAAUGCCGGUUGUGUGGAGAUUUAAUAUACACCCAAAAUCCAGUAAGCAUAUUUGAUAAGCGCAGUAAAACAGUCAGGCAAAUCGCAUUGGUGACGGGCGUUUGGCUCACUGAUCAUUCGAAGCUGCCCAGGAAUAUGUGCUCCUGCUGCCUGCUGAGCCUGAAAAGCGCCAUUGCCUUCAGACACGUCUGCAUCAAGACCAACAAUCGGCUGACGAUCCAGAACCGAAGGCUGGAACCCAGAGAUGACGCCUGCUGGGAGGAUUCGCUGAGUGACACGCACGAGGUGCUGAAGAUCAACGAUGCGGAAGUCGAGCAGGAAGUGCUGUACGAGGAGUCCUAUGCGGACAAGGAGGGACUGGGGGAGGAGCACGAUAUGUACAAGAAGGAGGAGGAGGAAAGUGAGGUUGAUGAGCACGGGGAGUGUGUACAGAAUGACCGCGGAAGUCCCGCCGAUGAGGAGGAGGUACACGAGGAUGAUGAGGAAAAGAAAGAAAAGGACGGUGAGGAAGAGUCUCAGCAAGAUGAGGAGUCACAGCAAGAUGAAGAGGAGUCACAGCAAGAUGAGGAGGAUUCACAGCAAGAUGAGGAGCAUUCACAGCAGGAUGAGGAGGAAUCACAGGAAGAUGACGACGAACUUUGGCAGAAAGAAGACGACGAAGACUACGAUACAGAUGACGAUAGUGCGACAUAUACACCAGCCACACAGCGUCAAUCGGACUUCGACAAAGAUAAGAAGCCUCCUCGAAAAUCCACUAGAAAGUCAAUAAAAUCCGAAUCAUCUCCCAAAAACGAAGACACCGACAUUCUGAAACCUGCGAAAAGGAAACGAAAAACCUAUGUAAGCCACAAGGUUCACGUCUGCGAUCAUUGCGGCAAGAAAUUCACCGACAAGGGCAACUUCAACCUGCACGUGCUUAGGCACUCUGGCGUCAAGCCCUUCGAGUGUCCGGAAUGCGGCCAAAAGGAGUUCAACAGGUACAUCCUGAACAUUCACAUUCGGGUGAAGCACCGCGGAGAGAAGCCCUACGCCUGCCAAUUCUGCGACGAGCGAUUCGUGCACAGUACUAUGCGAUCUCGCCAUGAAAACCGGGUGCACCGGAACAGGACGACACCAAAGAACUUCAAGUGCAACUAUUGCGACAAGCGUUUCGAGUCGAACUACCAGAGGGCCAAGCACGAGGUCGUCCACACCGGCGAGCGAAACUUCCACUGCGAGCUGUGCAAAGUGUCCUUCACACGGAAGUCCAACUUGAAGACCCACUACCGCUCCAGGCUGCACCAAAAGAAGGAGUUCGCAACGAAAGUGAAGUCCGAGAACGAUUCCAAAAAUAAAUAAGGUACAAAUAGUUUGUUGUCACGUGCUGCCAUUCGUUUAGAGGCUCAACGUUCUACCUGUUAACAAAUAAGAGCGCUUUUUAAGUGCAAUUUCCGACACAUUAUAUUAAUAUAGUAGUAGGAAAGGCAAAUGCUAGAUUUUCUAAGAUAUCAAUAAGAUAAAAUAUCCUAAUAUAUAGGUGUACUUAUCACUUUUGAAAGUGUA